CUCGCCGAGCAGCUCCGCCCCGCAGUCGAGGACAGACAGCGGAGAGACCGAGACAUGUGCUGAGAGAGAGACAGCGCGCUGUGGAGGCAGGACCGCUCGUCUUUAGGUAGGAAAGACAGAAAAUGUCAUUUCGCACUUGUGAGAGCGUCGUCGGUCUGUGAGGAACAGCAAGUUGUUGACGCGAAGAAGCGACAUUUAAAGCGCCACGGCAUCAACUUUGCGCGUGAUGCGGCGCGCGCGGGUUCAGCAUCGCGUCUGUGAGAGCACCGCGAGACCGCAACCGAGAUAACUUUCACACGGCAGUUCGUCACGGAAGUGUAGGCUACUUUUUCCUCUCAUUGACUGCUGAUAAAGAAGACCGACUCGCUUCAGGCGGCUUCAGAGAGAGGAGACGCACGGACCGCGCGCGCGAGUGUGGAGUACCGGCAGGAUUUUUGAGCGCGCGCGUUCGCCUGAAUGGAUGCUUACGAUCUGGCCACUUUUUUACGAGUCUGAGAAAAGUUUUUGAAAGCCGCUGGAAGGAAGAAUGGACGCGAAAAGCGAGCAUUAUUGAAGUUUGACACGCAGCGCGAUCUUCAUGGAAACAUCUCAAGCUAUGGAGGUCGAGAUGCUGGAUGGACCCUCCGUGAGAAGUUCAUUCGCUGAGCUUUGACUUUACUUGUAUUCCUUCGCUGAAGAAUGUGAUCCGUGUGAAUAAGACUCACCCACACGUGAUCGUUCUUCUUAAGCGCACCUGUUAUUAUUAACUGAGCUUGUAAUUAUCUCCCCGUUUGCGUUGACAUUAUGGACAAGAACUCUAUUGCGUAUCAGAUGGAGUUGACGCUUUUCAUGGUCGUUGUCCUGUUUUGGGUCACCGUGUGUGCGGAUGACAGUAAAAUCAUUUCAGACCGGUAUGCUGUGUACUGGAACAGCACGAAUCCCAGAUUCUUGCAUGGUGAAUACACAGUGGAAGUGGCCAUCAACGACUACCUGGACAUCUACUGUCCACACUAUGAGGACCAUCUUCCUCAGGAGCGCAUGGAGCGCUACAUCCUUUUCAUGGUCAACUAUGACGGCUACACCACCUGCAACCACCACAUGAAAGGCUUCAAGCGCUGGGAAUGCAACCGCCCAAUGAGUCCGAAUGGGCCCCUCAAGUUCUCAGAGAAGUUCCAGCUGUUCACACCCUUCUCUCUGGGCUUUGAGUUCCGCCCAGGUCACGAAUACUACUACAUCUCCUCACCACACCCCAACCUCGGUGGGAAGCCGUGUUUGAAGCUGAAGGUGUACGUCAAGCCUACCAAUGACUCUCUGUACGAGUCUCCAGAGCCGUUCCUGACAGAUGACUCCAGCGGUGGUUGGGCAUUAACGCCCAGUCUGUGGCUCAUGCUUCCCUUGUUUCUGCUCCUGUGUCCCUCAUAGCAUUAUUAUCCUCUGAGCAUGACCACGCCCACCCAACCUGCUUCACCCCGCCCCUUCAUGCAUCACAAUGAUACGCCACGCCCCUUCAGCUCUGGAGUCCAGCCAACAGACGUUGACAUGGAUUUUUACCUUGCCUGCAACCCUGCAGGAAAGCCGCUAACCAGCCCUCAUUUGCAGUGACAAUUAUGCCAUGCCCAAAUUCAGGCAUUCCUGCUCUUGCUCGACUGACAAAAGACAUGUGAAUUGGCCAGCUUUUUUUGAGAGCGCUUUACUUUUCUGCCAACAUCCCACCAUCAUCCGCGUGUCAGGAGACAGAUUCAACCGACUGCCAUCUGAAUCGCUCUGUUUGUCUGCUUUAACAACCUACCUGAGCCUUCACUGUCAUCUGAGCUCAAUUUCCAUGUUUGUGAGAGCAUGUGUGAGUGUUGAUGCUCGUGUGUUUGUGCUCAUCGGUGCGUGUAUGCCGAUGUUCGCAUAUGAACAAAUGUACAGAGCAGUCACUGUCCCUUACACAAUUACUAGAAAAACUUAUUCCAUUACUCAUUGAGAGAAGAAGACAAUUCUAUCUGUGAAUCUGCCAAAGACACUACUACAAUAAACUUUUUUAAAAAGGGGAGUGGGGAAAAUACUGGCUUUGGUAGGAGAUUACAUGCAACCAUGGAACAUUUCAGGCUUUUAGAGUCAUGGGAGGGGAGUGACAGACAACAGUGUAGAAUUUUCUAUUAUUAUCUCUUUUUUUUUUUGUCAUACAAAAAGAAACAAAAAAAAACAAGAAUGUUGCAUAGAUUUAAAAAAAAGAAAACCUAGCUAAAAAAUUGCCUUUUUUCACUGGUGCUUAAUCUGAAAUGAACUUGUCUGUCUUGAACUGCAAAAAGAUCAUUUUCUUAGUUAUUAUUUUUUACUUGUUUUCAAGAAAAAGAUAUUAAAACCUUUGCAAAACAAGAUGCAUUUAAUUGUGAAAUAAAAUAGUGUAAGAUAUAUUAUUUCAAAUAAAGUCUUGCAUUGA